GACACCCCGUCGCUCAGCGAUGGCGUCACGCGCAGAGUGUCCGCCUCGCCCUGCGCUUCCGGCGCUCUGACCCUUGUCUACGGCGGCGGCGCGUAGCUCGCCCACAGGCCGCAUCUCUAUGGUGAGCGGCGCCAGCUCCUCCUUUUAGGGUGGCGGCCAUUUUGGCCGGGUGGCAGCCGGAGCACGUUGUCUCCGAGCCCAGCUGCGAGCCCCGGAGGGGGCCCUUCGCAGCUUCCCCGUUUCCCUCCGUCCCAGACGGGAGGCCUCCCCUUCUCCCCCCCCCCUUCGCUUCUUGGUAAGUAAAAGCUGCCGGAGGGCGAUAACUUGGCGGCCACCCGCUCCUCCUCUGGGCAGGUGGGGCGGCUGGAGAUAAGGCUGGCUGGGCCGCGCGGGUUCCCGGCCGGCGUCGGAGGAACACGCGGCGCCCCGCCGGCCUUUCCAGCUGCCGAGUAGGCAGGGCAGCCUCCAGCCUCUCGGGGUUCCUUCCUCCCCCUUUAGUUCUUCCCCAUCUCCACGGGUUGUCGAGCCCCUUGGUUCUCCCCGACCCUCCAUAAUGAUUUCGGAUCUUUUUUUUCCACGUAGAGGCCUUUGUUUGGGGGCUGGGGGGUUUCCACGCUUUAGAAAGGGGAAAUGGUUUUUUGUGGAGGGCUGGUUGGCUCCAGCUAAACAGACCCUCCUUGUGAGAAAGGUUGAAACAGUGGUCGACUGUCAAAAGGUGUUAAAAUUACUCUCUUUUUUCCCCCUCUUGCAUAAGCCGCUCAGGUAAGUUUGUCAUAAGUCAAGACCCCGCAUUGUUGGCUGUAUCCUCCAUCUGUUAAUUUCAGUGUCGGUGGCCCUCCAUACAUAUAUACGUAAAGAGAGAGGGAGAGUUCCAGGCCCUUGGUUUUUAAUCUUCUGUGCCCGGCAUUUAAAGCACUGCUGUGGCAUUUUAGCAGCCCUGACUUCCCACAAAGAAUCUUGGGAGCUGUAGUUUUUUUCAGGGUGCGGAGAGUCCUUAGGAGACCCCAUAUUCCUCUGACAGAGCUAGGAAAGAGGAGUCACUUGUUAAACCACUCAGGAAAAUGUAGCUCUAUGAGCGAACAAGCAUUUUGUAACAACUUUCAGUAUCCAUAGCAAACUACGGUUCCCCUGAUUAUUUAAGGGAAGCCAUGACUGCUGAAGUUUUAUAGUACUUUAAAUGUAUGGUGCGGCAGUAGUAUUGACAUGAGUAGACUAGUGUCUCUUUUUAACAAAAUUAGUUGAGAUGGAGAAAUUGGUCUUCUACUGGUAAAUUUGACAUGUUGGAGUUUUGCUGCUGUCUAAAGUUGCUAGAAGGCUAUUUAUUACAUAAAAUCAUACAAUUGUAGGGUUGGAAGGUACCAUAAAAAUGUGCACUUUCUUUAUCCCCCCUGCAUUAAGUAAUGGCUUAGUUAAGGAUGGUCCCUCUAUGUUAGUGGUGUCCAGACUUUUUUCAAAAAGGGCCAGAUUUGGUGAAGUGAAGGGCUGUGAGGACUGACCAAAGUUGUUGAGGUUUUUUUAGGAUUUUACCCCAGGAAAUAAACUGCCACAAGGACCAGAUUAAACUGACCAGUGCGGACAUGCUUGCUCUGUGGUUUUCCAUUGUGGAUUUUAGGAUGAUUAGUUGAACUCUGUGUACAUAUAGGGAUGUAGGAGUUGCCUUUUUAAAGUUAAAAUAGGUGUGUUCGUCUGUUGUAGCCAAAGUGAGAGAGAUAAGGUACCUUAAAGGUUAACCAUUUUUAUUGCUAACAGCUGCUUAAAAAUAUUCUCACUCAUGUUUGUUCAGUCACAUCAGGCAGUUCUGAAGGACCUAGAAGUCAGAAAGCAUUGAGAAUUAUAUCAUUUCUUAUGACAACAAUUAUGGAAAGUGGUCUCCUACGAAAAAUGCUGUACCAAAAUAGAAAUCCCAACUGAGGUACAAAAACAGGAUCUCUGCACUGGGGAGAACUUGGCUUAUAGCUGAAGCUUUUCUUCCUUUUCCUGUGUCAGCAGUUCUCUUUGCCAGAAAGACCAGCUUCUUAAAUAGCUUAUUAUUAUUGCUAUAUCAAAGCUCUCACAGCAUAUUUCACUCUCUCACAGCAUAUGCUAGUCACUUCUCUCUUUCCUGGCCCUCAUGAGGAAAAACCAAUAUCUUUAAAUGAAAAGAGAGGGUGGAGAUUACAGAGGGAGAAAGUGGGCUUUAUUUGCAUUCCUACAGGGUGGAGCUUUUUGGUCUAACUACUGGCCAAGUAUAACAUCAAGUAGAAUACCAGCAAACAUGACCCCUGUUCAGAAUUAACAUAAUUUGAUGCCUGCAGCUGGGGGCUCCUGAGGGGCGUGGGCCCAAGCGAAGCCUCCGGCGCCAGAUUCCUCUCCCAGGUGCCACUUGUGGCCACCACCUACCCUCCUCUGCUUCGCCCACUGGGCUCCUGGCAGCUGCUCAUCUCAGCCUGGCCCGGGCAGCCAAGAUGCAAGUGAGCCAGCUACAGGGUUGGAGGUGGCCCUGUGGGUGGCCCACAGAAAACUCAGAACACAGUGCCGGGAAAGCAAGGCCUUCCCAUGGAUAUGACAAACUAUUAAAACUCUUGGACAAUUCCUAAUUUUCUCUCAAUGGCAAGGAUUGGUCUGGCACCAGUUUGGGGCUACUUGAUUGUUGAUUGUUAAAGAAAAUUUCAGUAUUGCAUUGGGUGUAUUUACUCUGGCUGGAAUAACAGAUUUGUUGGAUGGCUUUAUUGUACGAAACUGGGCCAACCAAAAAUCUGCUUUAGGAAGUGCCCUGGACCCUCUGGCUGAUAAAGUUGUUAUCAGUGUCCUGUACAUUAGCCUAACUUGUGCAAAUCUUAUUCCAGGUCCUCUUACAUCUAUGAUCAUUUUAAGGGACAUUGCAUUAAUUGCUGCUGUUUUUUAUGUGCAAUACGGAACUGUUCCUCCACUAAGAACACUUAGAUAUUUUAAUCCAUGUUAUGCCACUGCUCAGUUAAAGCCAACAUUUAUCAGCAAGAUGAACACAGUAGUACAGCUCAUCUUAGUGGCAGCUUCUUUAGCAGCUCCUGUUUUCAGUUAUGUGGACAGUAUCUUCAGACCUUAUGGUGCAUCACAGCUUUCACAGUGACAGCAUCUGCUUACAGUUAUUAACUGGCCGAAAAACAGUUUAGGUGCUAAACAGCAACUGAAGGAUCUCAAGUGAGUUGCUGACUUCCUAUUUGGUUUGUGUUGGGAUGGCAUUGCCUGCAUAAUAUUUGGACUAUGGAUAAAGAACACUUCUUUUGAUAGCUUUGUCUCAGUGGAAACCAUGUCUUCACAUUGAAGCUAAUCAGAAGUUAAAAUGAAGUUUUGAUCAUGUAAAUGUGCAUAAUUUUCAAUGCACUUUUUCAAUUUGUUGCAAAUAAAAUAUGUUUUACCUUAAUGCAAUUUAAAAAAAAAGAAUUACAGUAACAUAAUUGAAGUAAGUGUUUUUCUGCCACACUGAGGCAUUUGCUGUGUAGGUAGAAGGUUGGGUUGUCUGUUUUAAAGGCAAGUCUAUUAUGUAUGUAAUAUGAUGAGGAUGGCCAACUUUGUUGUAAAGUGACCAACUGUAAAGUGACCAUUCUGUUUUCCAGACUGUGGUCCAAGGUAUUCUGCUGUGCAAACAGCUUUAUUAUAGAGCCUACCUGGCAAUAAGAAUUUUCCAGUAAUAGAGAACAUGCACUGGGCUGUAGCAUUCUGUACAAAGAACACUUUAAUGUAUUUACAUGAAGGAUGUGAGAGAAGGAGAAUAAGAUAGAAUAUCUUUGUUUAUCUGAAAACAUUUAUCUGAAAGUUUAGGCAGACCUCUAAAACUCCUUAUUCCUCUCUGGCUCAGAAGUGUGCUCUUCAGUGAUAUUUCUUAUUUUUUCAUGAAAUAGUCAUUGUCCCAUUGUGAUUCUAUUCCUUAAUUUCCUUUCUCUCUGUCUUUCUAAUCUUCCAUCCUAUUUCAUUGUUGUAUUAUUCAGCCAUGUGUUAUAUUCGUGGUAUGUCCUAUUGUCAUGUCUGGUCUGUUAUGUUUUUGAUUAUGUAACUACUUCUGUAAAGAGCUUACUCAAAAAGAUCUGUAUAAGUAUUCAUAUUCUAUUGUUAUGCUGAACAUACUUAAAGACGUAUCCCCUUAUCUCGGCAGUUACUGUUCUGCAGAGUGUACUUUCAUGGUAUUACCAUUUCAAUAUCUGGUUGGGCCCAAUUUCUAAAGCAUUUUUUAAAUAAAAGAUUUCCCUAGAAAAUUGUCUAUUCUGCUCACCUAGUUAUUGUAAUACCUGAUUUUCAGGACAGUACACUUGCAGCUAAAGAUCAUGGCACUAGAAGCAUGCUAGUAUUCGAUUUACCUUAUAAUUUUGUAGCGUCCAACUCAGAGGUAGGAAGCAUAGUUGUCAGAGAUAAUGAGGCAGUUUUGCAGGAGGCAAAAGCAUGAUGUUCUUGAAGGCAGCAUGUUCCCAGUCAUCUUGCUGUUAAGUCCUUACCAGUUCAAGUGUUAAUGUAAAUUUGGUUAUACAUGAAACUGAAUUUAUCAAUCCAUGGUAGUAAAGAAGCUUGUAAUAUUGAUGGGUGGAGUUGACUUGUUUCCAUUGCUAGGAGAUAAUGCUUUUGUCAUUCAGUAUGUGCCACUAGUUUUUCACAGCAUCAAAAUGACCCACCAAUUACCACAAUGAAUUUUUAAAGUGGAGACUAAAUCAUGAAUUUAAAAAGUAAGAGACCUCUUUAUGUUUCCUUGGAUAAAAAUACUUUCCAGAAAUAAUUUGUCACUUUGCAAGAAGUAGUAAUUAGAAGUAUGUGUAUAUAUCUAUAUUGUAAUUGCUUUGAGGGUUUUUUACAGUCAAGCAGUAUGUGCAUUUUAGCGUGUGUAUGUAUAUAUACACACACAGUUCAUCAGCUCUGCAGGUUGGUUUUGAUAUAUUUUCUUGACACUUUGUUGAAUGUAAGUUGAAGUAUUGAAAUAUGGCAGGAUAGGUCCUAUCUUUGAAAUAUGCAUAAGGAAGGUAACCAGAUUUUUCUCUUUCAUUGCAUUUCUCAGUCUCUGUAGUUUUCCAUAUAAAAACUGGUAUUUCUUCCUUGUCUGUCACAACCAGCUGAAUAAAUAUUGGGAACCUGAGCAGGUUGGGAAUCCCUGACCCUCCAAAUGCUGUUGGGAGUCUUAACUCUCAUUACCGCUGACUAUUUCUCAUUCUGGCUGGGGCAGGUGUGAGUUGGAGGGCAACACAUUCCCAGUUUCUAGACGUUGCCCACAAUGAUUGCCUUUCAGAAUGAGAACCCAUGCCUAAGUUUAAUGAACAUGCUUGAUCUUGGACUGCACUUCUUAUAUCAUUAUAUAGCAUACUCCAAUCCUGUGCUUUCUCACUUUUUAUUAAUCAUUCUGUUUGUUUCCACCUAGAACUUGAAUUAUCCAAUUCCAUUGUUUUGGAAUCUCAAGUCUGUGUUAUCUACGUAAUUCUGAGUUCAUCACAAUGGCUGAUAAGCUAACAAGAAUUGCUAUUGUGAGCCAUGACAAGUGUAAGCCAAAGAAAUGCCGCCAAGAGUGCAAAAAGAGCUGUCCUGUGGUUCGAAUGGGUAAGGAACUCAAAACUCUGUGUUAAAAUUAAAACAGGCUGAAUGUUUCACUUACUGGUUUCUAGACUACAGAGUCAGAUUUUUAAGUAUCCAGCGUAUCCGCCAUCUUCAGUAGUUUUUUUUAUUUUUGAAUGUGUAUGAAAGUACAGUAUCAUAAUAAGAAUAUGGAGAAUUUGGGGCAAUCAGAACCAUGAAAACUGCAUCAUGUGGAAUUCAAUUUCAUGACUAUUUGAGGUCUAAGUCACAAAUUGAUGCUACUGCCUGGUUUCUAGAUCACAUUCCAUACUAAUGCUUUCAAUAAGACCUGCGUGUCUAACCUUUUUAAUAUUCCUUUUCACCAGGGAAGCUGUGCAUAGAAGUGACAUCACAGUGCAAAAUAGCAUGGAUUUCUGAAACAUUGUGCAUUGGUUGUGGUAUUUGCAUAAAGGUAAAGAUUAUGUCUAGUAAUAAUAAUUGAAAUCUGUUUAAAACGUAUGUCACAGUAGAGUUGUUUGGACAUGGGUGAUCUCAUCUUCUCCCCAUCCCACCUCCAUACAUUGAGAAUUUUGGGCUUGUGUGCUUCGUCACCGCACGUCCCCUGCCUCCCAGACAUUCAAAUAAACAUGGCCAGUGACGUGUUCAUGGUCUACUUUGCAUGUACCGUUGUAAACUCUGAAAACCCCACUGUGGCCUGGUUCACACAGUACAUUAAACCAUAGUUUAAAAUAAACUGGUUUAAUGAGAACAAGUGAUGUGCUGGUAAAUGUUGCUGAAAUAACAUGCUUUGCUGCUCUCACCCGCCCACUGUGCUGUUGGAAAAUAGGUUGUGGUCUCGCUUGUCUCCCCCCCCCCCCUUUUUGGGGGGUCUCCUGACAAAGUUCAAGAGGGAAACCAAGGUUUCUUCUCUGUUUGCAUCUCAUGGUUUGUAUGUAAGUCUAGGUUCAGAUGGCAAAUCAGACCAUGGCUUGUUUCCUGACAACACAGUAGGAUAGGGGCAACAUAUACAAGUGAAAAACAGUCUUAUUCCAAUUCUAUACUUGGCUUCUGUUUUGUUUAUUUGUUGAAACGUAAAGCUUAUUUUAUUUGUGUUACAGAAAUGUCCUUUUGGAGCCUUGUCCAUUGUUAACUUGCCUAGCAACCUGGAGAAAGAAACAACACACAGAUACUGUGCCAAUGCCUUCAAACUUCACAGGUAUCACUCUGCUACAAUCCCUGAAAAGUUGUUAAUAUAAAUUAUUGUCAUUAUUUGUUAAUCACCUUCCACUUUCCUUCAAGGCAAUGUGCAAAAUAAAAUAAUAACAGCAGUUAAAAAGUUAACGGGGGGAAAACCAGGAUUUGAAUUUUAAACAAUACAGAAUGGACACCCAUGGCAGAGAUUUAUUCAUCCAGCUGGUAAAGCUUGUCACACACACAAAAAAUGUAUUCAGUUGUUUCUAGAAAGUGCAGAUAUUGGGUGUCUGUCAUAUUUUGACAGGAAUGCUGUUCCACAGAAUGGGGCAGUCACACUGAAAGCUGUAGUCAAAAUCACUGGAGUAGGCUUCUGAUAUUUGGGGACUUUGAGGAGAAACUCUUCUACUGAAUGCAAGUGAACCUGGGAAUAUAAGUUAGUUUCUCAAGUGAUAUGGUCCUGAGCUGCAUAGGGCCUUACAUGUUAAUACCAAAACCUUGAGGUUUUUUGUAUAUGACUUAUGGCGAAAAGUCUUUCCUUCUGAAUUACUCUCCUUGGUAAAUGUGUCUUGUUUGCCUUUGUAAAGCAAUUAAAGGAUAGUGUAUAUAAUUUUAAAUUCCAGAGCAAAAAGAGAUCAUUUUAGAUAUCAUUAAUUGUAUUUCCUUAUUUCUGAUGAAAAUGAUGCACAUAAUGGGGUUGAGAGAGGAAAGCAUAUUGAAUUAACACCUAAAUUCUGUAUUGCUUUAGAUAAGGCUGUGUCAGUUUAUUGUUGUGUAAAAUGUUGGAUUACUUUAUGAAGGUUGCCUAUUCCACGUCCAGGAGAGGUGCUGGGGUUGGUUGGAACCAAUGGUAUUGGAAAGUCAACUGCCUUGAAAAUCUUAGCAGGAAAACAGAAGCCAAACCUUGGAAAAUAUGAUGUAUGUAUUUUAAAUAUAUGCCAAAUGUGAUUUCCUAAUAUCCUUUGAAACUGCAUUUUGUAGUUCUUGUGCAAAUGAAAACGAGUAGUGCUUGCUAGACUGGCAGCAUUACUUUGCCCCAAUAAGUAAAAUCUAUAUAGCCAUUUAACCAUUAGGAAGUUCACAAAUAUGUAUUCUAAGAGAUGUACAAACGUCUUUCACGUGAGGAUGUUAACCAUCAUUUUCCUGUUGGACCAAGAAGUUAAUGGGUGGGAAAAGGAGGCUGUUGAAAGGACGAGCAUUGUAAAGCAGCAGUGAUGACAGGUUUUGCCAUACGCAUCUUGCCACUCUAUUGCUAUUGGUCUUUUUUAUUUUAUGCAUUAUUAUGCCAUUCUGUAUUACGAACACAGAAACAUAGGGUGCUGCUUUAUACCAAGUCAGACCAUCUAACUCAAUAUUGCUUACACUAACUGGCAACAGCAGUCAAGGGUUUCAGGCAGAAGUCUUUUCCCAGCCCUAGCUUAGCUGGAGGUGCAGGGGAUUGAACUUUUGCAUGCAAUGUACCUUUUGACCUUUUGCAUGCGAUGUACAUGCUCUACUACCAAAAUACAGUUCCUAUUCCGUUCCCCCUUUCCAGCUGUGAAUUCACUUGCAUUCACAUCCCACAUAAACACUUCGUGGUUUUUGCCUUGUGUAGCUGUAUUUUGUGGAAACUUUAAACCCCAAAGCUUGAAUUGAUAUACCAUACUUUUGGCGGGGGGGGGGGAUCCUUGCGUAAUUAGGAAUAUCAUUUUUAUACUUCCAUUAAAAGUUUAAAAUCCUAGAUUUCUGUGACGGAAUGCAGUAAGCAGUAGGUUCAGACAUCUCUGUUCUGACUACUUGACCUGAUUGAUGUUAAAGUUAAGUUUUUGUACAAAGAAUUGGUUGCCUACAAGUAGAUGUCAUGACUUGCUAACUGUAUUCUAUGCAAGUUGGACGGGUUAAAUUUAGUCCUGCAUGAUUUGUUUCAAACUAGCUUCUCAAAAAUACCACCUGACAAUUUCUCUGAUGUAAAAAAGAACAGAGCUGUACGCUGCUGCUGCUACUGCUUUAUGAAACACAUGAUAGACACAUUUGUGAGUCACAUUACACGAUAGCUAAUAGUUUAGCAUGAAUGUGAAGAUUACACCUGCUUUUUUUCUCUCCUAGCAUGAGUGGGAGUAAAAAGCAUAAUCCCUAGCUUCCAGUUAAAACUGAACAGGAAUUGUGAUUUCUUUACUUCUAAACAACCCACGUUCAAGAAUAAAUCUUGGCAUCGCAUCAUGGCUUGUUUGGAGUGCAAUAAACCAUGAUCUCUGGUUCGGUCACAUAUUUUGCUUUAUUCCUUACAUUAGAGGAGUUGAAACAAAAUUUAAAAAAAUUCCUGUAUCUAGAAUUAGAGGAGUUGUGCUUUGUUCCUUAUGCUAGCGUACUAGAAAACAGGGAGCCACUUGUACAUUCAAUGUAAAGUGUUUACUACGGACUACUGGAGUGUGAUCACAGCCAGUGUUGCUCUAGGAGGCCACUGCUCCCUCAUGAGCACUUGAAAGAUUUUCUCAAAAUGCCAUUUGAAGUAUUCUUGUCCUUAGACGUGUUUCCAUACCUCUCAAGUGUUUCUUUGAAAUGCUUUUGUAUAGGAUCCUCCUGAUUGGCAAGAAAUCCUGACUUACUUUCGAGGAUCUGAGUUGCAGAACUAUUUCACCAAGAUCUUGGAAGAUGACCUCAAGGCCAUCAUUAAGCCCCAGUAUGUGGACCAGAUCCCUAAAGCUGCUAAGGUGAGUAAGCUUGUUGGCUAAGGCUGUGGUCCUAAGUUCCCUUAUCUUGGAGUAAACCUCAUUGAAUUCAGUAGGACUUAGUUCUGAGUAGACAUGGCUAGGAUUGUGCUGUAAGGUGGGAUGGGGGAAAGAAACAGGCCGGUUUUCUGUAUGGGGUAAAGGUAAAGGACCCCUGGAUGGUUAAGUCCAGUCAAAGGCGACUAUGAGGUGCGGUGCUCAUCUUGCUUCAGACUGAGGGAGCCGGUGUUUGUCCACAGACAGCUUUCCAGAUCAUGUGGCAGGUAUGACUAAAUGCUUUUGGUACACAGAGGACCAUGAUGAGUGCCAGAGCACACAGAAACACCUGCCAUUGUGGUACCUAUUUAUCUACUUGCACUGGUGUGCUUUCAAACUGCUAGGUUGGCAGAAGCUGGGACACAGCAAUGGGAGCUCACCCCGUUCUGUAUGAAAGAUAUAAGGCAGAGUUUUAGUCAAGAGCAGAUUACAAUUUUAGUACAGUAUCUCAUAUCGUGGCUUAAGUAAAGUCCUGAUUGUCAUCUUAUUGUGACAGGGAACAGUGGGCACUAUAUUGGACAGGAAAGAUGAAACUGGCACACAGACUAUUGUAUGUCAGCAGCUUGGUAAGUGAUGUUCUUAUACAAAGUUUUAAAAUAAUCUGUGUAAUUAGUCCUAAAAGCUUUCUGUUUUGUUUUUAAAAUUGAAACUUCUUUCAUAAACCUUAAACUUUUAAAUUUACAUUCAGCAUUAUAUUUUUUAACAUUUAAGAAUGUUUAUAGACUGCUUAGUGCAGAAUGGUGAUUAAUAUUAGUUACUUAUGAAAUUUUAGGCUUUCUUUGUAAAAGUAUUAUCAUGUAUCCCAGUAACAGGACUUAAGCUAAAAAUUGAUUGGAUCCAGACUAAGUUAGUCAUGCUGUAGACCCAUUGAAAUCAGUUGGACUUAGUUGUGAACAACUUCACUUUUUCCACUGGAUUGAUAGUCUGGAUCCAUCUCAAUCACAAUAAAACCAAUUAAUAAUACAGUAACCAUAAAAUAAAUGCCACAGAAUUACCAAAUGGAGGCCCAAAUUAAAAACACAAGAGGUCAUUGAAAAAGGCACGUUUUCACCUUUUUAUGAACAAUAUGGGAAUAUGAUGGAACCCUAUGGGCUAAAGGGCACAGGGAAGAGCAGUAGUCCCUCACCACUGCCUUUCCAGAGCCUACUUUCUAGGAAUGAACAAAAACAUUUAUAAAAUAUUAUGUCUCAAGGUUCAUUCCAAAAAGGUCAUCCAGAAGGAUGCUAUAGCUGAAGCCAUAGUUGCAUCCGCCAACACUUAACUUCAUUUGCAAGGGGCAUCAGUUCAUUUUGGGACUUGUACAUGUUGUGCAGUGGACACUGUUGAUGCAACCCAGGUUAAUGUGUGGAGUUACUUAUUGAGAUGAAUGGUGAAGUUCUCAUGUAGAAACUAAUAUAUUUAAUUGUAACCAGUUGACAUGUUAGCAUAUUUUGUAUGUACUCGGUUGUGAGAAAAAUAUAUUUGCAGAUUUGUCUCAUCUGAGGGAAAGAAACGUUGAAGAUCUAUCUGGAGGAGAACUUCAGAGAUUUGCCUGUGCUGUGGUUUGCAUUCAAAAAGCUGACAUGUAUGUAGCAAUUUGGCUUUUAAUAGUGACUUCAGUAACUUUGCUAAUUUUAGAAUAUUGUUUGUGACCUGAGUUGUAUGCAUAAUUUUCACUCACUUUGUCAUGCAGGCCAGGCAUUUCGAAAGUUCAAAAUUAGACCUUAAUUUUUUCACUUACCUAAUUAACUUCACGUCUUUUACUAACUAGGGUUUAUAAACUGUAUGAAAUCUAGUGUUGUGCAAGUGGAGCUGUCUUUCCUCCCUGCAGCCCAUCACAACCACCAAACUUGCUCUGAAGAAUCACUUGACACACCAGAGCAGAUCUUGAGGGUUUACAGGAGAGGAGAGAAGUCCUGUUGUAUAACAAUAUAAUAAUCAUCAUCAUUUAUUAUUUAUAUGCCACCCAUCUGGCUGGGUUACCCCAGCCACUCCGGGCAGCUUCCAACAAAUGAAAACACAAUGAGACAUUGAAUAUUAAAAGCUUCCCUAGUAAAGGGUUGCCUUCAGAUAUAUGAGUAGAAGUCUGUUCCCCUCAUGUCCACACCAUUGGAUACAACCUUGUGACGUUAAGACUGAAGACUUUCUAAGUUGGCAAGAGUCCUUAAUAGUCACAUGACCAUUUCUAUUACAAAUUAUUUUAUGCAGCGUUUUAACAAGAGAGUAUUCAAAUUUUAGCAUUCAGCAUGCUUUAAACUUGUAUUUAUAACCAGGGAUGCUGUUCAUGGGGACCAAUCUAUUCUGCAGCCAACACAGGGACUGAAAUACUUGCUGUGACUUAACAUGAGUAUUCACUUUCUAGCAAGGAAGCUCAUGUGGAGUUGUCCAUGUGUAACAUUGAAAAGACAUUUUUCACAACUUGCUGGAGGAAUUAUUUGAGUGAAACCAGACAGAUAACUGGGUCCUCUGUGCUCUCCCAGUGGGUUAUCACUGCUUUGUGUGAUACUGUGGCAGAAGAACAAGGCACCAAAUGCCAGAGCAUGGAGGAGGAGGAGGUGGGGCUAUUAAGCCUUUGAGAAAUGGGACAUGGCAACAGAAUAUUGUACCCUCACCGCUUAAAAGGAGUACUAGUAUUCAGGAUUCCAACCUGCCAUGACCUCCAGGGUAUUGGAAGCUGGGUAAAGGGUUCAAAUGGGCCAAUUCAUUCCUUUACAUAGCACACAUUUUCAUUUUUCUCUUUACUAACAUGACAUUUCAUCCCUCAAGGCUCAUUUCCCAUUCACUUGUUUUGAGCUUUUUGCUCCCUUGGGGUUUUAAAAAAGAUUUUCUGUACUUCUGCAUACCUUUAGGUGCACCUGAUGGUGCUGGCAUAUCCCUCUUGUUUCUCAACAAUCCCUUUUUUUGGCUGCAUUCUUAUUGGUUCUCAGUUCAUUAGUAGAGAGAAAUGGAAUUUAGGGAAGGAUGGGUGGUCUGUUAAAUUUGAUGAACAUAAAACCUGUUCCCCUCCCCCUUAUUUCCCCCUUUUUCCCCCCUUUUUGGGAUAGCUUCAUGUUUGAUGAGCCCUCCAGCUACCUGGAUGUUAAGCAGCGUCUGAAGGCUGCCAUUACUAUUCGAUCUCUAAUAAAUCCUGACCGGUGAGUAAUGUAAUUAUAAAUGGAGGUACUAAUACUCGAGCCUCAUAAUGCUGAUUACAUGUGAUAAUUUUCUUAUGAGAGAUAUGUAUUUGGAGGCGGGAUGUUUAGUAUCCUUACUUAUAGUUCUGAUUGCAUGUGUUUAAUAUUGGUUUACUACGUAAGUUUCCUUCAGAUCUGCAGUUAGAAGGUGAUGCAUAAUUAAAUUAGUAAUAAUACUAAUUGUUCAUAGUAUUAUCCUGCCCACUAGCGCCUGAAUUCAUAUCAGGUUUUGUGAUUUCAACCAAAACCAAUGCCAGUAUGCCUUAUCUUAAGCACUUACUUAGAGAUGCAGAGUCUCAGGAUGCUACUGUUUGUUUCUAGUUUUAAUGUAGGAACAAUAGGGGUGGACAUUGCUUGCUCCUGGAGAAUAUCCCACUUACAUCUAUUAUUUUCUGAUUUAAAUGUCUCUUUCUGUAUCUACUUUUGUAAUUUAUUGGGUAAAGUGGAGAAUAAGCUGAAACUGACAUUUUUUGACUUUCAUAUCUUAGUAAAAUAACGGCAACCAGAUUUUCAAUAUUUACAAUUUUGCUUAAAAUGCACUAUGAAAUGGUACCAUGUACGUAUGAUACCAUGUACUAGCAGAAAAAUUUCAUGUUGUCGUAUUUUUGCUUGAAUCUAAAAACAGAAGAAAAUUAAUUCAACUAUCUUUUUGUUUUUGUUUUUUUAGGUAUAUUAUUGUUGUGGAACAUGACCUGAGUGUGCUCGAUUAUUUGUCUGACUUCAUCUGCUGCUUAUAUGGUGUGCCAAGUGCUUAUGGUGUUGUCACUAUGCCUUUUAGUGUAAGAGAAGGUAACUAUAUUUUAAAUCAACUUUCUCUUCUCCCUCAGUUAUGUGUGUUCUUCCUACAAAAUAGUUAUGUGUGAUUUAAACAAUUUGACAUCUUUAGUGUGUGUGGGUUUUUUUACAAAUACUUCCUAAAUGCUCUCAGGCUUCUCAUACUUAAAAAGUAGGUCACAUUAGACAAAUAACUGAGCUGAGUUAGCUCUUGCCCUUACCAAUAUAUAGUUAUUUCAGUCUUUUUAGUUCUGUUCACUUCAUUCCUCUCCUGUUUCAUCUCAGUACCAUGAAAGUAAAAUGACAUGCAUUUCCAAGUGAAGAGCAGACCCUGAGUACCCCUAAAUAGAGCUGAGUCCUAUUUUUGGGUUGUCUGUUGUUCUCUCAUGUUGGUGAUUUAUAUUUUGAUAAUCCUAUGCCUGGUUUAGGUGCUUUUUACUAAUGAUGAUUUAUCUUCUUACAGGGAUAAACAUUUUCUUGGAUGGCUAUGUUCCAACAGAAAACCUAAGGUUCCGAGAUGCAUCUCUUGUUUUUAAGGUGGCAGAGACAGCUAACGAAGAAGAGGUCAAGAAGAUGUGUAUGUAUAAAUAUCCCGGAAUGAGAAAAAAGAUGGGGGAAUUUGAGCUGUCAAUCGUUGCUGGAGAAUUCACUGACUCUGAAAUAAUGGUGAUGCUGGGAGAAAAUGGUGAGUGUUAUUUCAACUAGAGAAUUCAUUGUGAUCUGUUUUUCAGGGGUUAGGUCCAAAGGCUGUUGGGGCACAUCCAAUGUCAUUUCAUAUUUACCCUUCUGAAUCCAAAUUGAUGCAAAUAGAGGACAUAGCAAAACUCUCCAGCAACAGUGUUUGAUUGUUUCCUGGCCUCAUCCAAAUUAAUUGCAGUAUUUUAAAACUGUUUUUAAAAAGUUUCAAAUGUCUCAAUGGAUGCUAGCAAAAGAAAUGAAUAGACUGAAAACCAUCAUUUAAAAAUGAAUGGCAAGUGGCUAGUGUCCCCCCACCCCAACUUGGAUCAAGAUGUAAGCAGCUUCUCUUAUUUUCUGCUAGUUUCACUAUUUUGUGAACUUUGAUACAGUGGUGCCUCGCAAGACGAAGUUAAUCCGUUCCACGAGAGUCUUCGUCUAGCGGUUUUUUCGUCUUACGAAGCAAGCCCAUUGACGGAUUAGCGCUAUUAGCGCUAUUAGCGGUUUAGCGGCUAUUAAAGGCUUAAAGGCUUAGGGGAUUAGCUGCUAAAAGGCUAUUAAAGGCUAUUAAAGGCUUAGCAGAUUAGAUAAAGGGGGGGGAAAGCGAAAAAAAAAUCUCAAGACUCGCAAGAUAUUUUCGUCUUGGGAAGCAAGCCCAUAGGGGAAUUCGUCCUGCGAAGCAACUUCAAAACGGAAAACCCUUUCGUCUAGCGGUUUUUCCGUCUUGCGAGGCAUUCAUCUUGCGGGGCACCACUGUACUUAGCUGCAGAAAGAUAGUUGCACUAUACAUGUAUGAAUACCUUUAUUCAACCAAGCAUGGACUCAGUUCUCUAAAGUUUUGAUUGAACACAAGGGAACAGGUGGUCUCUAUAAGUCUUGCAUGGGCCCAGAAACCGAUUUAUGACUUUGAAAGUAAAAAAUCCAUUGCAUUAGACCUGGACCUGGAAGAGAACUGAGAGCUUGUGCACCUUGUGACCAGCUGCUGUUAAAUGACAGUCAAAUCAACUGCAUUCCACACCAACUGAGCCUUCUUACCAUCCUGCAUAUUAGCCCCGUGUAGAACACAUAAUAGUAGAUUAGGAAUGCUACAUCAGUUCAUAAUAAACAUGCAAGUAAAACAACACUGAACCCGGGUUUUUUAAAAAGGGAUUUAUUAGCAUUCUGCUCUUAGUAAAAAAAUUUAGUGCGGCAGUGAUGGAAGCAUUUGUACAUCAUGGUGCACUAUAGUUAAUAUUUUACCCCGAUUACAUCCAUUAGUGCCAGAGGUGGGGUACAAACCAUGAUCUCCAGCUUAGUGAUACACCCAAACCUGGAGAUCAUGGUUUGUUUUGUUCCAGACAAACCUCAGCAUGGAUUCUGGUUUAUGGAACAAGAACCAUAAACUCCAGUUUGGAUGUAACAUUCCGCCACAGAUUGUGGUUUUCUCCCCUGUACUUGUGGAGAUGAGGGAACUGGUUACAGUUGGUACGUUCAUGAUAAAACAUGAACUACAGUUUACUGAAACAAGCAAACUGGACAUAUAUGGUGCCUUUAGAUCUCUACAAACAGUAGUGUUCCCCAAAGCUUUGCCAAUUUUAUUAAAUGCAGAUUUAUAUUUUAAAGACUAGCCAUAAACUAUGCUUUGCUAAUUUUGAUUAUAAUAUAUUUUAAUCUUACAGGAACUGGAAAAACGACGUUCAUUCGCAUGCUUGCUGGGAGACUGACACCUGAUGAUAAAAGUAAUGUUUUGUGUAUUUAUUUAACAUAUCAUUUAAAACUUUAAUUUUGUUUUUAAUUACUGUGACUACAUAUGAUGUCUCUCUUACAGGUGAAGUACCAGUUUUAAAUGUUAGUUAUAAGCCACAGAAGAUUAGUCCUAAGUCUACUGUAAGUGUUUGUUUCACAUUUUUACUUUCUAAGCAAUAGUAAUGGGAAGCAAAGUGGACUAAGCAAAGUGUGAACUUAUUUUAAUAGGGAAGUGUACGUCAGCUACUUCAUGAAAAGAUUCGAGAUGCCUAUACACACCCCCAGUUUGUGACUGAUGUAAUGAAACCUCUACAGAUUGAAAAUAUCAUUGAUCAAGAGGUAUUUAUUACCCAUGUGAUACCAUGUUUUGUAGUUGAUAGGUCCCUUCCCUUUUACACCAAGUGAAUUUUUUAAUAUUGCUUCAACCAGGUGCAAACAUUGUCUGGUGGUGAGUUGCAGCGGGUUGCUCUUGCCCUCUGUCUUGGCAAGCCAGCUGAUGUCUACUUGAUUGAUGAACCUUCUGCAUACCUAGACUCAGAACAACGUCUGAUGGCGGCUAGAGUUGUCAAACGGUAAGCUGGUUAGUGGAUAGGGAAAGAGGGGUGCAUGUCUGCAAAGGUUUCAUUUGAUAUUUGAAGGUAGUUUAACUUAAAAAAAUAAUUUUUAAAAUUGCAUUGAUUUUCCCUUCCAUUUCAGUUUCAUUCUCCAUGCUAAAAAAACUGCCUUUGUGGUAGAGCACGACUUCAUCAUGGCUACCUACCUUGCAGAUCGUGUCAUUGUCUUUGAUGGCAUUCCAUCCAGGUGCACAGUGGCAAACAGGUAAUGUACUGCGGGGGGGGGGGGAUAUUGUAGUGCAGUUUUGAUGCUUAUGUCCCUCUGGCAACAGGAUCCACUUCUGCAUUUGGAUCCUUCUACAGUAGUACCUCAGGUUAAGAACUUAAUUCGUUCCGGAGGUCCGUCCUUAACCUGAGACACCACUUUAACUAAUGGGGCCUCCCGCUGCCACUUCACCGCCGCCGCGCAAUUUCUGUUCUCAUCCUGAAGCAAAGAUCUUAACCUGAGGUACUAUUUCUGGGUUAGCAGAGUCUGUAACCUGAAGCAUCUGUAACCCGAGGUACCACGGUACUCUGGGAAGGAGCCAAACUAUUUGUUCAAUCCCUGUGGUAUUUGUGUUGGCUUCAUGUUGAUGUGAUAUUAUUGCAUGGAAUUGUUGUGAAGCAAUCAGAGUAAGGGCAGUACUUUCUGGCACUGGAGUCUUGUAGGUUUUUUAAAAAUUGGCAACUCCCAGCAGCAGGAAGCCCAAUCAACGCCCAUGGUAAGGUCUCCACAUACUUUACCUCAUUCGUGUCUCUCCCAUCUUCACAACCUGUGAAUAGUAUAGCAAAAGGGGUGACAUUAUAGCCUGAUACUAGUGCAAAUACAGAACUUAGAUUAGAAAUGUGUUUACUGGGUGAACGAGCAUAUCAGUUUAUGCCAUUUAUCCCCCCGUUUAUGUGGGAAUGAUAAAAUUGUAGGGUUGGGACUUAGUCAUCUGGUCCAGUCCCCUGCAAUUCAAGAAUCUCAACACGUGGCCCCCCCAUCCAAUUUGAAACUAUAAAGGACCCUUGUUAGCUUUGCAAAUGUACUAGCAGUUUUAUUGCUGCACCACUAGGGAACCAAUAUUGCAAAGGUGGAAAGGGAGUAAAGCUAAUAAGGGAUGUGAUUUAAGAGGCCAAGAUGAUUUCCUAGUGCAUUGUGCUUCUAGCAAAAGUAAAUAAAAAGAGGACCCUUUAACAGAAGUCCAGGAAAAAGAGGUUGCACUCUUGCCUCUCCAGACUAUGCAGGUUUACAAGACCGUUAAAAGCACCAUUGAGAAAGUAAUAUACACCUGCUUUCUUCACAGUCCUCAAACUCUUUUGGCUGGCAUGAAUAAGUUCUUGUCUCAGCUUGAGAUUACUUUCAGAAGAGAUCCAAACAAUUACAGACCAAGAAUAAACAAACUCAAUUCAAUCAAGGUAAGAAUUCAAAGCUUUCUUCAAAUCUGUCAUACAAGAAAAAAAUGUAUGCUGGAUGAGGAAGCAGGGGCAAGGUUUCUAAUGGUUUUUUUCUUCUUCUAACAGGAUGUGGAACAGAAGAAAAGUGGGAACUACUUUUUCUUGGAUGAUUAAAUGAAAAAUUGAUCAUCAGUUUAUAAAAAUGAAAACUUUGUUAUAUGAAAUGCAAUCAGGUUUUAAAAUAUUUCUCAUUCCAGAGGUUAAAAUAGAAUGUUACUGUCAUGUAACAUCUCCUGCCCAGUAGCAGUGUCAGAGCACCUCUUCUUGUGCCUGCCAAGGCCAUCUUUUGAUGUAAUAUUUCAAAGCAGAGACAGCUGAAGUGACCAUACCAAGAUACUAUGUACUUUUUUCCACAAUGGGGAUAUUUUGGUUCAAACCUAACUUAUUAAUGUACCAAACGCUGACAUGUUUCCAAUUUUAAGUCUUUGAGCUGUUUUCUGUACAAGAUGGUUUACAAAAAGUCAUGAUAUAGAAAUUGCUUAUUUUAAAAGAUUGACUCUCUGUAAAUGAGGGUUUCAUAAAUAAAUGUCAUCUAAAUCUACAGUUGUUUGAAUGUCAGUGAUCAGAUUGUAAACAUGCAGAGUCCUUUACAAGCAAGAUCACUCGUUUCUCCCUUGAGGUUCUGUGACUAAUGCAUUAAACUAAUUCCAGUA